AUGGCUUGGGGUAUAAUCAUGAUGUUGUACAACAUCGCAGGUGGAAUCUUCCUGUUCGAGUGGGGGUCGUACAUCUUCUUCACGUAUCCCGAAUGGGCCAUUUACGGCGGUAUUGCAAUGGCAAUCGCUGCCGUCUCUCUCAUCAACGUGCUUGCACUUGCAAACAGAUCCUACAUCUGGACACGCGUAUGCAAGUUCAUCUGGCCCUUUCUCAUCGUAAUUAGCCUGGUUCGCGCUAUCAUCAUGAUCGUCGAACUGCAGCGCGGGAAAGCGAAGAUCAACUGGGAGUGUGACAAUGGACAGCAACUCUGGCCCGCGUCUGAGGAGGCUGGGUAUGGCGGCUCAACCACUAUGCCCUCUGUCAUAUGCACUGCCGGUUUCCCGACGCUCUGGAUCGUCUUCAUCAUCGCCCUGCUCGUGGACUUUGUCUUCCAGCUGUACAUGUUCUUCAUGACAUGGCGGUACGAGAAACUGCUGCAGCAUUAUAGCAGUAUGAAGCCCUCGAUUGGUGGAUACUACUACAACGCCUAGGAUCCCGGAAAUGCGCGUGUACCGCCGAUGCGGACUCACUUCAUACCCGAACACUUCUGUCUUGCUGGCUCGCCUUUUGCUUGUCUCACUUGGUUCCGGCUUUGCUUGUCACGACCCGUCACGACUUACGACCCUUUACGCCUGACUUAUUGCUAUGUGACGACCACUUAUGACGUUCUGUGCCUAGCGAUACUUCUAUGCUUCCGGUCUGCUUUCUGUUGUUCUGAGCGCGCGCUCUGCGAGAGCGGGGCGCCCGCUGGACAAUAAAUAUAACG